AUUGACGAUAACAUUUGACAAUGUAAACUCUAAUAUCUGGUAAGAGGCUAAGAGCGCUCGCCUCCGGCUGCUAUAGCUACUGAACAGAAGGCAGAACAAUGUGGUAAACCAAGUAAGGGCAAGGUAGGCAGGCCCGCCCGACUAUAUAGCUAAUAUUCUAUGCCUAUUUGGCAUCUACGCGUUUGCGGUGGUAUGCAGCAAAAUAGUGAUUAGAAGGCUGUGUCCCGGCAAUGGCCCGAGUGAGUUUUUAGAGGACUGGAAACUGCACUAGUCAUCAUUAAAAAAUCAAUGAAGACACCAAUGGAUAAGAUAGUCUCGAAAACAUAGUCUUUUACAGUAUGUAGUAUCAAGAGUAGACAGCUGCUGUAUAUCUAUCAUUAUAGCACCAGACUCGGAGCACUUAAAUCGGAUAAGUGUAACUGCAUAGAUACUAUCUAUGGUGACUGUGACUUUGUGUGACUCGUGAAAAGAUAAGAGGAGAGUAAUCUCAGAGUAUGGUUUGGCGCUGCCGCGCUGGCUGGCUAGCCAUAGAUAUACUACCCGUUUACGGGUAGUAUAUCUAUGGCUAGCCAAAUCCGGACCUCAGUAAACUUCAAGAUAUUAUCAUCAUCAUCGACCACACCCACUCCUAUCUUUAGCUUUCGAGGUCUUGCUUCUCUUAGGACGCCAAUGGCAGGAGCCUUUUCUACCUCAUUCGUCUUCUUGGGGGUAAUAAUCUUAUCCUCUGCAAACGUAUCCUUAGCCUUAGGACUUAAAACUAAAUUGGCCUUACACAGCAGUGUCACUUUUAAUCAAAGUUCAUCAUGUCCAAGUCAUCGGCCUCAUGUUACUCUCAUUGUCAACUCGACAAUUAUAAACGAUAAUAUAAAGAAAAUCCAUUCAUUAACAACUAAUGUUAAUGUCACUGAUUGCUGUCCAUCUUAUGCGUUUGCGGAAGUCACAGUUCCUGGCAUUCCUUCAAAUAAUAAGCUUGUGAUUGCUAUCGUAUUUUUAUGUGGUAACAAUAUCAGUGCUGAAAUAUCAUCGAGCUGGCAGAUAUUUGUGCAAGGAAUAACACCAGCUCGGGAUGUACGAUACAACAAUGGAUUAUUAUUGUGGUCUGAUCCUUAUUUUCAUUCGGAUGUACCACAACCAUCUGUCUAUACUUACACUAUAAUGGUGGAUGGUAUUGUUAUAUAUUAUAACAUUACUGCCACUAGUGUAUGGUUAAAUGUAUCUUAUUGUUUGAUGGAGUUUAAUGUCAGCAUUGAAACUUUUCUUUAUAAAUAUCAGUCAACAGAGAAUAUAACCAUCCAAAAUAAUAAUUAUACAGUCGAAUUAGUUGAUGCCACUUAUAUUCCAAUGAAAAGAACAAUUGAUGCUAAUAUUACUUUUAAGGUUGAAAGUGACUAUCAAGUUUGCAGAUUCAGAUAUUUCACCUAUAUAAUUUUUCAAAAUGGGACUGUAUGGACAUAUGCUACACAAUCACCACCAUUACCAAAUAAAAAAGUAGUCAUCAUAUCUGAAAUGGUUGGAUUGGAUCCUGAAAUUAUCAUGAUCAACGUGACUUUCAAUGUCACUAAAGAGGUUCUUACUAUUCCAAUAGAUCCAAGUAAUGUAUAUGAUGUUACAUCUUCACAAGCUGUCAAAACUCAUUCCUCAUCCUUCCCAGGCUUCCCCUCCACUGCCUUAUCUCCUAGCAGCUCAACUUCUGGCAGACAAAGUAGUGAAACUUUUUCAACUUCCUCAUCUAUUAGCGUAUCUGUAUCUCCUACAGGCUCACCUGAAAAAGGGAAUCUUGUUACGCUUGUAGUAGUUUCUUGUGUCAUUGUUGCAUUCAUAGCACUAAUAUUAUGUAUUUUAAGCAGCUGUGGUUACCUGAUUUACCAACGUACACGUAGAUGUCGUGAGGAAAGGAAUGAAGUUUCCCUUUCUGAUGACAGGAAUCGUGUAGUAGCUGAAUUAUCAAGAGUGAAUCCCAAUUCCACGGUGUUAGAACGUUGUGGCGGGGGUCCAGAUUCAAGUGAGCUUUCUAUGGACGUACAAGGUGCUAGCAAUACUGAUGUCAUUGAGAGCGCAAAACAAGUACCUGUUGUACCCAAUCCUCCCCUUACUGAUUCUGAUGAAAGAUUAUCAAAAGAAACAGAUUUAAAGCAUCCUUCACCUCUCCCAUCUUCUGACCAUAAUGAACCUUGCUAUGCAACAUCAACUUCAUCAAAGAUAGCAUCUACCAGAAGUGCAGAGGCUAUGAACAAUGAAAACAUUGCUAUUGAUGGCUCAAUAAAAGCAUCACUUAACUAAUUGAUGCAAUUAAUUAUAACAAUUAUUAUUAAUCAUAUUCAUAAAUGUGUAGAGAUGUUUAUUUUUCUUCUUUUAUUAGUGAAUGUGUAUUGUAAACUAGAAAGUGUAAUCCACAUUAUAAACAUUCAUUGCAUUCUAUAUAAUACACUAAUUGUUUUGUUUAAUUGUUUAUCAGCUAAAUAUA